AUAUCCGCAUAACAAAUCAUGAUCAUUCUUCAAUCAAGCUGCAACGAUAUUGCUUAUUCAAAAAAUAGUUUUUAAAUUCAAUUAUAAUUGAAAUGCAAGGAAAGAAAUCCAAAAAUAUAAGAAGCAUGAAGGAUAAAAAUCAAUAUCCCGAUUCAAGAGAUAAUGAUUAUGAGAAAGUACCCGUUGAAGAUUUAACAAAAAAAGUGAAGAUUGUGCCCGAAAAAGUUGGGAAUUUUUGUUUACAGUACGUGGCUACUGCCAGUGUGUGCCUUUUCGCAAUGGCCGCUGGAGGAACAUAUUCCUGGACAUCCCCUGCUCUACCACACCUGAAGAAUAACAAUUCUGAAAUUCCUAUAACGGAAGUAGAGGGCGCAUGGAUAGCUGCACUGAUAGAUGUUGGACUAUUUACCGGAAAUAUCUUAUUUCUAUUUAUUUAUAGUUUUCUAGGUCGAAAAAACUGGAUUCUCAUGAUAUCCAUACCUUACAUAAUUGCAUGGUUGAUGAUUGUUUUCGCAAAAAAUAUCAUUACAUUAUACAUAUCACGUUUUAUCACAGGAAUUGCUGGUGAUUUUGCAAUGGCUUUAGUACCUAUGUACAUAGGUGAAAUUGCUGACAAAGACAUAAGAGGAAUACUACUUAUUGGAAUAAGGAUUUUCGUCAAUUUGGGUCACAUGUAUGUCAAAACAGCCGGCGCAUUAUUUUCUUAUAAUACAAUGAACAUAAUGAUGUUAAUCAUUCCAGUUCUUUUCUUUGCAAUAUUUUUCUUUAUGCCAGAAAGUCCCUAUUAUCUCCUAUUGCAAAAUCAAAGAGAAAAGGCCCUCAAAACUUUAAUGAUGUUGAAAGGAGUCAAGAUACCAGAAAUUAUAGAUUCAGAUCUUAAAAGAAUAGAGAAAUCCGUAAAGGAGAGUCAAGAAAAUAAAAAAUGGAAGUUUCGAGAAUUGUUUGUUGUUAAAGGAAACAGAGCAAGUCUCUUUAUUGCCUUGGUGGCUUGGACGACAAAAUAUUUAUCAGGAUCAACGUCUAUUGGUGCCUUUACUCAAGAUAUUUUCAAAGAAACAGAAAUCCCCUUGGCACCAGAAAUAUGUGCAAUGAUAAUUGCAAUAAUUGGGGUAAUAAUGGCUCUGGUAGCUACUUUAAUAAUCGAGCGAGCUGGCAGAAAAUUGACUUUUUUAUUGUCUGGUUUAUUUAGUGCCCUGGGCCUAGCAAUAGUAGGAAUAUUUUUUUUCAUGAAGACUUGUCUCGAAUUAAAUGUUAAAUCAAUCACUUGGCUACCACUUUUGGGAUUAAUUGUCUAUGAAAUUGCAUUUUCUUUGGGUCUUUCUUACAUACCCUUUAUUUUAAUGGGGGAAAUUUUCGCUCUUGAUGUGAAAAUGCCAGCUGUGCUUUUUAUUAACACGACAAUGAGUAUGGUCUUGAUUACUGUUAAACUUGCAUUCCCAUGGGUCAAUAAUUUAGCAGGUACUUAUGCCAGUUUCUGGAUUUACGCAAUCUGCACUUUCUUCGGCUCGAUUCUCUAUUUUUGCAUCGCUCCUGAAACAAAGGGUAAGACUCUUGAAGAAAUUCAGGAAAAUAUGCAUACAAAAAAGAAAAUAAAGAUUCCCUCCAGAUAAACCAAUAAAGCAAUAUUUCUGAAUAAAAUUUUGAAAGAAAUAGCUGUGAAAUACUUUGUAUUUUCUCCCAGAGCGAAAAUGUUUCUUUACAUGAACGUAAGACUGCAGAUUUUUUGAAACCAAAAACCAAUAUUUUUUCUGAAGCAAAGCCAUGUUGAUUUCCUCAUUUUAAAUCAUUUUUUUUUAAACUUUUAUUUUCAAAUAUAUAUCCAAAAAUUGAUCUUAGUUAUGAAAAAAAUUAAAUGAUCAUUUGGUGUUUAUAGAAUCAGUACAGGCAUUUCGUAUGACAAAAUUUCCUGAGAAAGAUUCCAAGUUUUUUUUAAAGUUCCGGAAAUCGUGUUUCUGUAGACUGACUCGCCGCAUUGCAUUCGAAUGCCAAAUAUUUAAUAGCAUAAUUAAACUAGAGAAAAUGUUGCAAAAGUUAAAAGAGAAACCCUUAUUUCUGAUAGGCUCCGAAUUAAGACUCUUCUAAGAACCUGGAUUUCUUAAUAAAACAGUAAAAAAAACACUUCUGAAGUUUUUAUCUGCUUUGAAACUACCUGUUAAUUUUACAAAAAAAAAUAUUCUAGAUUUCAAUUAAAAUAGACGCAAUUUCAAGUAAUUAAAAAUUUUUUCAUACUCAUUUAUUUGUGAGCAAAUUUACGUUGCGUAAUAUUAAAAAAAGUGCUCAUGCACUUACAUAUCACGAGUUAUGGGUAAAAUGAUACAAAUUAUGAUUACAAAUAAACCUUUUUUUUAUUUUCGUUUAAAAACAAUAAGGUUGUUAACCAUUGUUGAAAUAACACUCUUCAUACCAGCAAAUUUGUGCAUGAAUUAUGUAUUUUCUGAAUGAAAAUUGAUUCCAGAAUAUGUGUAAUCGAAACUAACAAAAAACUACUUGGUUUUUCAUUAUCUAUUUAUUAUGUUAAAAAUUGUUCUUCAAGGGAUUA